GCCUCGGAGUAGAGGAAAAACUGCAGUGGAGGAUGAAGACAGUAUGGAUGGUUUGGAGGCAGCAGAAACAGAAAACACUGUGGAAACAGAAGUCAAGGAGCAGUCUGCAGAGGAGGAUGCCCAGGCGGAAGUGGACAGCACGAAGCAGCUAACACCAGUCCUCCAGCACUCAGCAUCCGAGGAGUCUGCAAGCUCCACGGCCUCCGUGGGGGUGGAAGCUAAAACCAGCGAACAACUCUGCGCCUUUUGUUACUGUGGAGAACGGAGCUCGUUAGGGCAAGGAGACUUAAAACAAUUCAGUCCAACUCCUGGGUAUGUUAUCCCAUGGAAGAACCAGCCUUUAAACAAGAGUGAAGCCAGCGACAGCACCGAUGGAGCUUGUGAGAGAACUCCAAGGCAAAACUCAGCGCCACGCAAACAGAGAGGGCAGAAGAAAUCUCGAUCGAGUGUAGCAUCAUGUACAAGUGUAAGCACCCAAACUGCUUCUGAUGAUCAGGCUGUCAAAUUCUGGGAUGAACUCAGUUUAGUUGGCUUACCAGAUGACAUUGAUGUUCAAGCCUUAUUUGAGCCAACAGGUCAUUGCUGGGCUCAUCACCGCUGUGCGGAGUGGUCAUUGGGAGUCUGCCAGACUGAAGAGCAGCUAUCAGUGAACGUGGACAAAGCUGUUGUCUCAGGGAGCACAGAACGAUGUGCAUAUUGUAAGCACCUUGGAGCCACUAUCAAAUGCUGUGAAGAGAAAUGUACCCAGAUGUACCAUUACCCCUGUGCUGCUGGAGCAGGCACGUUUCAGGAUUUCAGUAACUUGUCCCUCCUUUGUCCAGACCAUAUUGAUCAGGCUCCUGAAAGAUCAAAGGAAGAAGCAAAUUGUGCAGUGUGCGACAGCCCUGGAGACCUCUUAGAUCAACUUUUUUGUACUACCUGUGGCCAGCACUACCAUGGGAUGUGCCUGGACAUACAGGUCACACCUUUAAAAAGAGCAGGCUGGCAGUGUCCCGAUUGCAAAGUGUGCCAGAACUGCAAACAUUCUGGGGAAGACAACAAGAUGCUGGUGUGCGAUACAUGCGACAAAGGCUACCAUACUUUCUGUCUACAACCAGUUAUGGAUGCUGUACCAACAAAUGGUUGGAAAUGUAAAAACUGUAGAGUAUGUGCUGAGUGUGGCACACGAACAAGUUGUCAGUGGCACCAUAAUUGUUUGGUAUGUGACAGUUGUUACCAACAGCAAGACAACUUAUCUUGUCCUUUCUGUGAAAAACUGUGCCUCCAAGACUUCCAGAAAGAUAUGUUGCAUUGUCACAUGUGCAAAAGGUGGAUUCACAUAGAAUGUGACAGGUCUCCAGGAAGUGAAUUGGAGUCUCAGCUGAAAGACUAUGUCUGCACUCUUUGUAAACAAGGAGAAGGGGAUCAGACUCAGCCAUGUGAUAUAAUGGACACUUCUGAACUCAUUCCUGAACCUGACAGUAUAACAGCUUGUACAAAUGAAAUGGAAGUGGAAAGUGGUGGAGAGCAUGUAACAUUUCAGGAGCAGCCCAUCACUGGUGAUGGCCCUAGUCAAGAAUCAGCCAUCGGAUGCGUCGCAGACGUUACAGGCAUAUCACCAGAAGAAAAGACUGCAGAACUGGAAGCAGAAGUCUCUGUUGGAAUCAAUUCAGCUGAAAUGGAGAUGUCUCCUAAAAAGACACCAGCAUCUGGUGACAGUCAGACUGAGCAAAUGAUGGACGUGAUGGAAGGUGUUCAAGCUGUAAUACAGCAGGAGGUAGACACACAAGUGGAAGAGACACAGCGACCACAAGGUAGCGUGGAGGUAUCAGAAGUGUCCACAGUAGACUCUCGGUCUCUGUCUUCAGUACCUGAGGCCUUAACUGUGACGCCAGAAAUACAGGAGACUGAAAGUAAAGGAGAUAUUUGUAUCUCUGUAGAACAACAACUGGAAAUAAUAAACGUGCAAAACAAUGUCAAAAAAGGAGAAACCCAUGAAAAAUCAGAAACACCAGCUCUUCCAGAAGUAGAAACUACUUCUGCAAAUGAAGGUGUUGUGAAUCGUUCACCAGUUGGAGACAAACCCAUAAAAUCACCAGCUGAGACUUGCCCCUCACUUCCCUCCUCAGUUAAUAUAAACAAGACAAAUGUGUCUUCCUCACCAGAUGUCUCAUUAGACUUGCAGCCUGCACGAGAUGCUCAGCACAGCCAGCCCCCACCACUGCCUUCCGCUGCUGGAAGUGCUCUCCCAACGACUUACAUAUCAGUCACUCCAAAAAUUGGCAUGGGAAAACCAGCCAUCACCAAACGGAAGUUUUCUCCUGGAAGACCCAGAUCAAGACAGGGGGCUUGGAGUACCAAUAAUACAGUCAGCCCACCUUCCUGGUCCCCAGACAUUUCAGAAGGUCGGGACAUUUUUAAAUCCAGACAGCUUCCUGGCAGUGCCAUUUGGAGCAUCAAAGUGGGCCGUGGAUCGGGAUUCCCGGGGAAGCGGCGGCCGCGUGGUGCGGGUCUGUCAGGGAGAGGUGGCAGAGGGAGAUCAAAGCUGAAGAACGGAGUUGGGACCGUGGUCAUCCCAGGGGUCACAACUAUGGAUAUUUCAUCUAACAAAGACGAGGAAGAAAACUCAAUGCAUAAUACAGUUGUCCUCUUCUCUAACAGUGACAAGUUCACUCUCCAUCAGGAUAUGUGUGUUGUGUGUGGCAGUUUUGGCCAAGGUGCUGAGGGCAGGUUACUCGCCUGUUCUCAGUGUGGGCAGUGUUACCAUCCAUACUGUGUCAGUAUUAAGAUUACUAAAGUGGUGCUCAGCAAAGGCUGGAGGUGCCUGGAGUGCACAGUGUGUGAAGCCUGUGGGAAGGCGACGGAUCCAGGAAGGCUCCUCCUGUGCGACGACUGUGACAUCAGCUACCACACGUACUGCUUGGAUCCACCCCUGCAGACAGUCCCAAAAGGAGGCUGGAAGUGCAAAUGGUGUGUUUGGUGCAGACACUGUGGAGCAACUUCUCCAGGUUUAAGAUGUGAAUGGCAAAAUAAUUACACACAGUGUGCUCCCUGUGCAAGUUUGUCUACGUGCCCAAUCUGCUAUCGCACGUACAGGGAUGAAGAGCUUAUAAUUCAGUGCAGGCAGUGUGAUCGAUGGAUGCAUGCAAUCUGUCAGAACUUAAACACAGAGGAGGAAGUGGAAAACAUAGCUGAUAUGGGUUUUGACUGUACCAUUUGUAGGCCAUACAUACCACCAACAAACGUGCCUUCUUUGGACUGUUGUGAUUCAUCAGUUGGAGCUCAGAUUAUUUCAAAAUCAAAAGAACUAGACCCACCGAAGACAUACACCCAGGAUGGAGUCUGCUUGACAGAAUCCGGCAUGUCUCAGUUACAGAGCCUAACUGUUACAGUACCGAGAAGAAAACGGACGAAACCAAAGCUUAAACUGAAGAUUAUAAAUCAGAACAGUGUGGCUGUGCUUCAGACACCCCCAGAUGCCCAGUCAGAACACUCCAGAGAUGGGGAGAUGGAUGACAGUAGAGAAGCUGAUCUUAUGGAUUGUGAUGGAAAAUCAGACUCCAGCCCGGAACGGGAAGCUGUGGAUGAUGAUACCAAAGUGGCAGAAGGAGCUGACGGGAUUAAAAAAAGGAAACGAAAACCAUAUAGACCUGGUAUUGGUGGAUUUAUGGUACGUCAGAGAAGUCGUACAGGGCAGGGGAAGACUAAAAGGUCUCUCUCGAGGAAAGAUUCUUCUGGGUCUGUUUCUGAGCAGUUGCCUGGCAGAGAUGAAGGUUGGACAGAACAGCUGCCAGACACUCCAGUUGAGGAGUCUACCCCAGCUUCUGAAAGUACUGAGAAAAUAAAAAAGCGUUACAGGAAAAAGAAAAAUAAACUUGAAGAAACCUUUCCUGCCUACUUGCAGGAAGCUUUCUUUGGGAAGGACCUACUGGAUACCAGUAGGCAAAACAAGAUGACCUUAGAUAAUUUACCCGAAGAAUCACUUCCACUCUCAUGUAAAACAAACCUGACCACCAAUUUCCUGGAUCCUUCAUCUGAUCCCCUCCUUAGCUCAACCUCCACUUCAGCUCAGACAAAACUGGGACCUCAAGGUAGCACCGAUGAUCCUUUAGCUGAUCUUUCUGAGGUCUUAAAUACUGAUGAUGAUAUUCUUGGGAUACUUUCGGAUGAUUUGGUAAAGUCUGGAGAUCAUUCGGGUCUUGAUUUAUGCACUUUCCAGGUUGAGAACUCACCCUCCCCAUUUGCUGGACUGGAUAUCGGUCCCAUCUCUGAUGAUCCUUCUUCUCUGCCUCAGCCGAAUGUCAACCAGAGUUCACGGCCAUUGAGUGAAGAACAGCUGGAUGGAAUCCUCAGUCCAGAAUUAGACAAAAUGGUCACAGAUGGUGCUAUUCUUGGCAAACUGUACAAAAUCCCAGAGCUGGGAGGAAAGGAUGUUGAAGAUCUGUUCACAGCUGUACUAAGUCCAGCAACCACACAGCCAGCUCCUUUGCCACAGCCUCCACCUCCACCACAACUGAUGUCUUUGCACAGUCAAGGAGAGAACACUUUUCCAAGAGUUCCCCUCAUGAAUGGCCUGAUUGGCCCUAACCCUCAUCUCCCUCAUACAGCUUUGACUGCUGGAGGUGGCCUGGGGACAUUCUCUCCCAUUACACAACAACCAUAUGCUGAUACCAGGGAUAAGAAUCCAGCAUUCAAUCCAAUGGUAAGUGACCCGAACAGCUCAUGGGCACCAUCUGCUCCACCUUUGGAAGGUGAAGGUGAUACCAUGUCCAAUGCUCAAAGAAGCACUCUUAAGUGGGAAAAAGAAGAAGCUUUGGGUGAAAUGGCAACAGUAGCACCUGUUCUCUAUACAAAUAUCAACUUCCCUAACCUGAAGGAAGAAUUCCCAGACUGGGCUACAAGAGUGAAGCAGAUUGCUAAACUGUGGAGGAAAGCAAGCUCACAGGAGAGGGCUCCAUAUGUGCAAAAAGCCAGAGAUAAUAGAGCUGCUUUGCGCAUCAAUAAAGUACAGAUGUCAAAUGACUCCAUGAAAAGGCAGCAGCAACAGGAUAGCAUUGAUCCUGGCUCCCGCAUCGACUCUGACCUCUUUAAAGAUCCAUUAAAACAGAGGGAAUCGGAACAUGAGCAGGAGUGGAAAUUCAGACAGCAAAUGAGGCAAAAAAGUAAGCAGCAAGCCAAAAUAGAAGCUACACAGAAGCUUGAACAGGUGAAAAACGAGCAGCAGCAACAGCAGCAGCAACAGCAACAGCAGCAGCAGUUCAGUUCACAACAGCUUCUGAACCAGUCUGGCUCAGACACACCGAGCAGUGGGAUCCAGAGCCCCUUAACGCCACAGACUGGCAAUGGAAGUAUGUCUCCUGCCCAGCAGACAUUCCAUAAGGAUCUAUUUACAAAGCAGCAGCUACCUGCUACACCUACAUCAGCAUCCUCAGAUGAUGUGUUCCUGAAGCCACAAGCCCCACCCCCUACUCCGACCCGAAUCCCAGUCCACGAUUCACUGUCUCAGUCUCAGACUCCUCAGACAUCAUCACAACAGAUGUUUUCUCCAGGUUCCACAAACACAAGACCUCCUUCUCCAAUGGAUCCAUACGCUAAAAUGGUGGGAACACCUCGACCAGCACCCAUUAACCAAAACUUUGUUAGAAGAAAUACCAUUGCCCCAUUAGAUGCCUGUGCCCCUCAGUCAUCCGUAGCUAGGCCCAUUCAGGUAACGGAGCCAUCGGGAAGCAGGCCUUCGCCAGUCAGGGAUUCAUGUUCUUCGUCUCCAGGCAGCAGCGAUCCCUAUGCAAAGCCUCCAGACACGCCCAGGCCCGUCAUGGCCUCAGAGCAGUUCUCCAAACCUCUGGGCGUCCCAAGAUCACCCGUAGUUAUGGAGCAGUCAGGGAAGGUUCCUUUAGCAGCUGGAAGCAGCGAUCCCUUCACUAAGCCAGCUCCUAGAGCCGACACCUUCCAGAGACAGAGGGUGGCUUCU